UUGCCGUUCGCAGUGUCUCUCUCUCUCUCACGCUCUCACGCGUCAAACAAACCAUUUGAUCAUCGUGUGUUGAUUGUUCCAUUGAAUGGCGUCAUCGCACGACGAGGUUGUCCGACGACACCAGUUCGUGCAGGCCAAGCGAGCUGCGCUUGAGCAGAUUCAGAGCAAGCCUGGCUACUAUGCAGCGGUCGAGUCGUACCACUCGAACGUUGUGCUGCCGGUGCUGCCGCGACCACGGCCUCCACAGCCAGCCGCGCUGAGCCAGACCAUCCAAGAGCAGAGCGCCAAUACUAGUAGUGGCACCAAUAGCAGCAGUAAUCCGGGCAGUCAACACGCAGGACUGAUGAGCUCAAACAACGCAGAGUCGCUCACGCCGACAAUGGCCGUCGUCGUCGUGCCUGCUGCUGCGGCGGGCUCUGCUCCGUCGGCUGCAAGCACAGCGGGAGGCGCGAUCGCUCGCACUGCGCAAAUAGGAGCCAUGUCUGCUGCGACUGGCGGCCGAUCGCAAGAGCCAGUUGACUGGGACGUCUCCGGCGACACUGUCCUGCUAUGACCAGAGAUGUCGCAGCACCUUGAUCUCACUUAAGUUAUGCAUGUUAUGCCUGUCAAACCAGUUGCUGAGGCAGCUCGUUGAACGAAUAUCAAAAUUGGAUUGCAACCAC